AUGGAGUCAAUAUCGAAUCCUCUGUAUUUCUUCUCCAACUUGUCUUUAAACCCACCACCGUGUUCAAAUGUGGUUAGAUUUAUCGAUGUUCUGGAGUUCUUCUUUGUUGCUCAUCCUCUAUCAGGACGAAAAGAAGGAGAAGAGCACAAAAGGAUUAUGUAUUUUCACCCGAAAAGUGAAAAUAUAGAGAGACAGUCCGAAAUCACUGGGUUCGCAGAAGCAACGGUUAACUUCACAGAUAACUUUCUCUGUACUUUACGUAGAGAUGUCGCUGAAAAUCUUGAUGAUAACGACGAUGGAUUCGAUUUUAGAGCUAUUUCAACACAAAGAACAGAACAUGUAUAUAUCCGGACAGAAGAUAAUCAGUUCAUGCUCGGUGUUUCCAUUUCGAAACAGUUGUCACUAGUGUCCGAUUACCCAUUAUUUCAACCCGCAAUACGAAGUAUUUUAUCAGAUGCUUAUAAAAUGUUCAGAAUGUUCUUCGGAACUUUCUCUUCAUUCAUCAAAAAUGGUCCUGAUGAUAUUCCAAAGUUCAAAGAGCGUCUCGACUUCUUCUUCUCCAAGUACAUUCCCCUUCUCAAAGUUCAUAAGAUGCCUCUUUUGGAUCAUCUCGGUGGCGUUGAGUUUCUUCGGAUGUCUGGGCCUCUCUACCUUAACGUCGUCUCUCUAAUAACAGAACUUCGUGAAGAGUUUCCAAUAAUUGAGAAAAUCAUGUUUCUCUAUCAAGACAAACUUUUAUACUAUCAGUUAUCGAAGCGAGAUUUGCCGUCUCUGUUUCGGUAUUUGACCCACAAUUUGCUCCCAACCACACUUGCUCCAGAAUUAGAACACUCUGGAAGAAAUGCGUCGAAAGGAAGAUACCUCCGUGGACCAACUGAUUUGACUACCGAUGCUCCAUUGUUCGGUGACGAGUCACUUUCCGUAGUACAUUUGCAUUCCGAACAAGACCCUGAAUUUCGUGAAGAUUUGAUUGGAUAUCAGAUGAUGGUUUAUCGGUGUCUGAAUGCGACUGUUUGUAUGUUCGUAAGAAAUGAUGGUUCAAAUGGAGAGAUGGGAUUCAGAAGAAGUUCAGAUUCAUCUCAAUCAUCUUCUACACGUUCCACUCCACCACAGAAUGGAGUUGUAAGUAGACGAUUACUACGGAAUAUAGAUCAAUUUUUGGAAGCUGAACUUGCGCAAGUAGCCAGUAAAAUUGGGGAUGAAAUCGGUGACGAGAAAUUAGCCGAUAACACAGAUUUUCAUUACAUCUACUUCAACCCAUCUUCCUUAUCAAUGACUUCAAGUCUUUCAACAUCUCCAUCGCUUUCCGUAUCUUCUUCUGGAUCAACGUCAUCGUCAAAAGUAUCCUUGCCACCUGUAGAUGUCAAUCGGUUAGUAUGCGAUACAAUGAGCAAUUUUGUCUCGGACACUGAAGAAUUUGGAGAAUGUUUUGUGAAGUCGUCGAGUGAUUGGUGGAUAGUUAUCAAAAAGGUGAACUCCCGUCUUCUCGUCUUGAUACUCCCUCCAUCCAGCUACACAUCGUCACUUGCCGACGUUCAAUCGAAAACUGCGACUAUUGUUAAAUCUCAUUUUGAAGCCAUUUUUUUCAGUUAA